GUAAAUUGUUUUGUAAACACUGUGGAUCAACAGCGUGUCAUCGACAUUUAUCAGGGGUAGCGGGGGAGAACAAGAGGGGAAGCGGAGUAUUUACGAUAAAAUUACGCGCGUGAGUCAUGAUGCGAGUGGAUCAUCGCAGCCGCUGCUAUUUCAGGCGAUCUCGGAUAAAUUCAGCUGUACUCCUUUCCCUGGAGAUCGAGGAGGGAAGGGGGGAGGGGAGGAAUCUUUUCUCUCGCAAAUAAUCGCGACAUUUUUCGCGUCUAUUACCACCGGUCACGUAUACAUCUCUUCUUUGCCUUUGAUCAUUCAUAAAACUGUCACGUAAUUUCCUUUCGUCGCCACAGUUACCUUCGAUCGCAGUCAGUGCCGGCUCUAGGCAAAGCCGACUUGUCGACUUUUGUAACAGGAACAUUCGAUGCCAUUUUGUGACAUAAACGUUACGAAAGUUUAUUACGAGUAAUCUCUUCGUUUUUGGAUAAUUAAACGUAAUGCAAUAUCUCUAUUCUACAAAUAAAAAUCAGUUCUCGACAGCGACCGACUGAUUAUCCACGAAGAUCUCUCUCCGUCCAAGGACCCGGCGCAGCGACACCAUUGCGAAACGACACUGCACGGGUUCCACACCUCCCAAAAGCACAAGUGAUAUUUCUAACUAAUAGCUUAACUCGUUAGAGCUUAUAGAAAGCCAAACCCGUGAAACCGAAUCCACGUUGCGCUCUUUAUACAUACCGGUAUCUGGAUUAUAAUAUUGCGACUGUAAAUCCAAGUGACGCGCGAAGUGUGUUCAACGCAUUACCAUAAUAUCCGCGAUCGCGCGCGUGAAGCAGGACGAUACAAUAGGAACGUUGUCCGUGCACGAGUGAUACACCGAGUGCGGGCGCGCGUUUGAAAGGGACGCAACAUGAGAGUGGCCAGGCAGCAUCCACUGCAUCUGCAAGUACCGACCCGUAGCAAUAAUGGCAAGUUCCUGGUCGGUCUUAACGGCGGUCAGGACGUCCAUCAGCAGCCGUCGCCGCCCCAACAACCGGCCGGCGAUGAGAACAGCGCGGUGGUGCCGCCGAGCUGCGUCUUUCCGAGCUGCGAGUCUGUGCCCACCGACCUUCACGGGGGGCCGACCAUACUGGGGGAUCGAUUCCUGCUUCUUGGUCCGGCCGAGGGUAGCGCUCUUUAUCGAUGUGUCGACGUGCACAGCGGUCAGCAACUCGUUGCAAAGGCGCUGACCGUGGGCGACAAAGGUUGCGAGGCGUUGCUACAGGCCCACCUUCGUCUGGAGGGCACCGGCGCGGCGAGCGGCGUGGCGGGUGUAGUGGAGGCACCUGGAGGUCGGCGCUAUCUCCUCUUGGAGGGCCAUCACGGUGACCUGCAUGCCUACGUAAGGGCGCGCAGGAGACUGCGCGAGCCCGAGGCGAGACGGCUCUUUCGACAGGCGGCCAGGGCUGUUGCGACCUGUCACGAGUACGGGGUCGUGCUGAGGGACCUUAAGCUCCGGAAGUUUGUCUUCGCCGAUGAAGCGAGAACGCGGCUUCGCUUGGAGAGCCUUGAGGACGCGGUGAUCGUCGAGAACGACGACGACAAGCUGACCGAUCGGCGAGGAUGCCCGGCGUAUGUCGCCCCGGAAGUGCUGCGCUCCGGACGUGCCUAUUCCGGCAAGGCAGCGGACAUCUGGUCGCUGGGCGUGUUGCUCUACACGAUGCUGGUCGGUCGUUAUCCGUUCAAUGACGCCGAGCACGCGUCCCUCUUCGCCAAGAUCUCGCGCGGCCAGUUCGCCGUGCCCGAGGGUCUCAGCCCGCGAGCCAAGUGCCUGAUCCGUUCGUUGCUGCGAAAGGAGCCGUCCGAGCGACCGUACGCCGAGGACGUGCCGCUGCACCCGUGGCUGUCGAAGCCGCUGCGGUUAUACUCGUCGACAGCUUCCGGGAGCAGGUCCUCGUGCCAGGACCAACUCGUACCAGAGCUACCUACCAAUCCUCAACAAGACUGACUCUCCUUCGGGGAAAGAAUCACUAAUCUGCGCGCGACGGCGUCACUUUCGCAUCCUAGUGCUUCUCUCGCGCCGAUAGCCGGGUCGAAUUAUCAGGCCGGGAGAGAAGAGUUAGCGCAAUCAAAAGAAGGAGGGAGAAAAAUAAUUUUCUUUUAACACAUUGGCUGUGUCCGUAGGGAAUAUAUAACGGUAAGUUUCGAGUAAAAUGUUUUGCGGUUUGUCUGAUAUAACGUAAUCUGAAAAAGAUGUAAACACAUGUAAAGAGAAUCGAAUGAUAAUGUUUUCAAAAGAGAACAAUGUGUAAUAGAAGAUUCUAUUCUCAAAAAAUAUCGUAAGGUGAGAGAUAUAUACAAGUCAAUGUGUUAAUGGCAGCUGAAUCACACGCUUCACUCAUAUACGUUCAAGUCGCGCAAUCUCCAGCUUGUAUCGAAAAAUUGUAUCUUUUGUCUCGGAGACGCGUGACUGAAGGAUGCUGGGUCCUCUUUUUUUUUUCGCCGACAAAGAACGGCCUAGAAUAAGCUUCGAAGCGUAUUAAUGAGGAAUGAGAAUAAUUGUUCUCGAUGGAAAUUUUUAUAUAGAGGAGAAUAACCAAAGUCUAUUCUAAAUUCGAUCCUCUGGAUUAUUUUCUUCGUUUAAUGCUGUAAUUUUGGAGUUGAAUGAAGCAGGAACUUUAAACGCUAGAUGAUAUUAUGUCAUUAAAAAAUAAGUUCAUUCUAGUCCCAAGAUAAUUCACGAAGCAUCGAACAACGAAAAUAAUUAAAGGGAUCCUCUGUAAAAUAGCGUUUCGAUUUUGGUCAUUCUCCGCUUACAAUUUCGGAGGCAACGUGACGCAAGUGAUUAAAAGACAAAAGUCAAAAGUCUCUAUUGGCUAAAGAAUCUUAGAUUCGAGAAACAUUGCCAUUACUUGGUCCAAGAAAUCAUUCGCCUUGUUGCUUAGAAGUAUAAUCGCGCGCGUGCGAAUCUUUUGUGAUAGAAUCUUGCAGAUUCUAAAUGACGUAUGUGAUACAAAAUAUACAGGUUGUUUCAUAAGCGGUUACUUGCGAUCAUCUCUGUCUCUGAAGUCCAUGUAUAUUAAUUAUUAUUGUAAAUGAUCGAAUUCGAUGUUUGUAUUGUGCGUUAGAUACACUCGAGUAUAUCCUCGACUUUCUCGAUAUUUCGCAUCGCGCAUCUACACGAGAUGGUUUUUACGCUAUACUGGUUGAUCCAUGUAUGAAAAAUAGCUAUAUAUAAAUUCGAACGAGCGACUGGAACGUAAUGUAAAUUCGAAUAUAAUACUAGUGAGCUUUGUAUAGUAUAGUAUAUACAUAGUAUAAAGCGAUGAAUAAAUGGGUUCAGAGAUUGAGUCGGAUUCAAAUUAAAAAUUCGCGUAAGUAUAUAUAUAAAAUAAUACGCGAGAAUAAUUGCUUAAUAACGAUUAAACCGUUACUAGAGCAAAAUCGAAUCAAUAAACGAGUUUUCUAAUCUAAAAUCCGACUCAUUCUUCCUGUAUACCCGUUUACUUAUCAUCAUUAUAUCACAGAGUCAAUCAAAUUUACUAAACGGACAUCGAAGAAGGGAUAUUUCUUGUUUGAGCGCAUUAAAAUCUCGUUCUCUGACCUAGAAACAUUGCCCGAAAAGUUCAAGACUGCUUGGACAUGUGGCCUAUACAAUUAACUUUAUUAGAGAAAACACGAAUACAUGUUGAUCAGUGAAUUUCUAACUUAAGAACAAUAAAAAUACGCUUCUGGAUUACUCAAACGACGAGUAUCCAUGAAUACAUAAAUGUGUUCAUCAAGGGCAAUGUUUUCAGGUAGAAUACUUUCUAGUUAAUCAAAGAUACGAGAAUUAUCCUCUUUUGACUCAAAUCUUUAAAGUCAUCGCUUGCGCGAUAUAUAUAUAUGUUCAGCUCACUAGGUAAAAUCGUUUCGAUUUUAGAAACGGAUAAAGUAAACGAUCGACGAUCUUGUAUCAAUUUAGCACAUGAGGCUGCGCUUCCUAUUUCGAGCAAUUUUCUCUUAAGAAUGACUCGUCGUAAUAGAUUUUUCUGACGAAAUAUUAAAAGAUAUAUAAAUAUUAAUUUGGAUUGUCGAUGAAAUUUAGCCUCAUGUGAUUCAAAGCUUGAAUUUGUACAACAGGUGACGAUGAAACUCGACGAAUUCUCGUUCGUACAACUACCGGUUUGAAGUUGAAGAGAAAAGCACAGGGAUGAUAAGAUUGUCGAUCGAGAUUGCGACUCGAUCCUUAUCUUGAUCCCUCACGUUUGACGAAAGUACCAUGUGUUCUUGUAUUCAAAAUACAUACCUACCUACCCGAACUCUUUUCUAACUUUCGCGAAAGUAAGUAAGAGACCUUUUUUCCUUAUUAUUUUAUAAUCCGCGUCCGGGACGACGUCGAUCCCGACUUUACAAUUCCUCUCGUAUCAUCUUAAGUCAGGGUACAAACGCCACACGUGUCCAUCAAACUUUUAAUUGUUCAUAAGACACGCGAUUAAUCAUUAAAUCAUUAUCUAGGUGCGACAAGGGAAUUUCCUCUUUCUGUAUAUAGGCAAAAUAAAAUGGCGUUUAUGAUGAA